AUGGCCAAACCAGACAGUGCUGAGAAGAUGUGGCCCGGCUUCCCCCCUGUCUCCCCCCUGUCUCCCCCCGGCCUCCCCCCUGUCUCCCCCCGGACUCCCCCUGUCUUCCCUCCAUCCUUCUCCUCUUCAUCCCCCCUGUCUCCCCCGGCCUCCCCCUGUCUUCCCUCCAUCUUUCUCCUCUUCAUCCCCCCUGUCUCCCCCGGCCUCCCCCCUGUCUCCCCCCGGCCUCCCCCUGUCUUCCCUCCAUCCUUCUCCUCUUCAUCCCCCCUGUCUCGCCCGGCUCCCCCCGGCCUCCCCCUGUCUCCCCCCGUCUCCCCCCGGGCCUCUCCCUCUUCAUCUUGGUGUUUAGUGCUGUAA